GGAAGCCCUCCCUCCGGGGGAGCCGAGGGGCCCGGCGGGCGGGGGAGGGAGACGCUCUGCCCCGCGCCCGCCCGGCGCUCGGUGGUUUAAAGAUGGCGGCGGCGGCAGCGGCGGCGGCGUUGAGGGCGCGGAGCCGCGGGCGGGGGCGGGAGAAGGAGAGUCUGUGAGGCGCCCAGGAAGGGCGCAGCGGCAGCGGUGAGGAGUGCGGGGGCCGAGCCGCCGGCCGCCCGGCCGCUCAGGGCCGGGGCCUGGGCUGGGAAGGGAGAGGCCGGAGCGCGGAGCCCAGGAGGAAUGUGACCGGGGCUUGGCGCGGGGCGCGGGAGUACGCGAGCGCCGGGAUGGGGCAGCAGGUGGGCCGCGUCGGGGAGGCUCCCGGGCUCCCGCAGCCUCAGCCCCGCGGGCUCCGAGGCAGCAGCGCGGCCAGGCCCUCCGGCCGCAGGCGGGACCCUGCGGGGCGCAGCGCGGAGACCGGCUUCAAUAUCUUCACCCAGCAUGAUGACCUUGCCAGCUGUGUGGAGGAUGGAUUUGAGGGGGACAAGACUGGAGGCAGGAGUCCAGAAGCUUUGCAUCGCCCCUAUGGUUGUGAUGUUGACCCCCAGGCACUGAACGAAGCCAUCAGGUGGAGCUCGAAGGAGAGCUUGCUCGGAGCCACUGAGAGUGACCCUAAUCUCUUUGUUGCACUUUAUGAUUUUGUAGCAAGUGGUGAUAACACACUCAGCAUCACCAAAGGUGAAAAGUUACGAGUCCUCGGUUACAACCAGAAUGGCGAGUGGAGUGAAGUCCGUUCUAAGAAUGGACAGGGUUGGGUACCAAGCAACUACAUCACUCCUGUGAACAGCUUGGAGAAACAUUCCUGGUACCAUGGCCCGGUGUCCCGCAGCGCGGCCGAGUACCUGCUCAGCAGUCUCAUCAACGGCAGCUUCCUGGUGCGAGAAAGCGAGAGCAGCCCUGGGCAGCUGUCCAUCUCGCUCAGGUACGAGGGCCGUGUGUACCACUACAGGAUCAAUACCAGCACAGACGGCAAGGUGUACGUGACUGCUGAGAGUCGCUUUAGCACCCUGGCCGAGCUUGUUCACCAUCACUCCACAGUGGCUGACGGGCUCGUGACAACCCUGCACUACCCUGCACCCAAGUGUAAUAAGCCCACGGUCUAUGGCGUGUCCCCCAUCCACGACAAAUGGGAAAUGGAACGGACAGAUAUCACCAUGAAGCACAAACUCGGGGGCGGUCAGUAUGGAGAGGUUUACGUUGGUGUGUGGAAGAGAUACAGCCUUACAGUUGCCGUGAAAACGCUGAAGGAAGAUACCAUGGAAGUGGAGGAGUUCCUAAAAGAAGCUGCAGUUAUGAAGGAAAUCAAGCAUCCGAACCUGGUACAGCUGUUAGGUGUGUGUACUUUGGAACCCCCCUUUUACAUUGUGACUGAAUACAUGCCAUAUGGGAAUUUGCUUGAUUAUCUCCGAGAGUGCAACCGAGAGGAGGUGACUGCUGUCGUCCUGCUGUACAUGGCCACUCAGAUCUCGUCUGCCAUGGAGUAUUUAGAGAAGAAGAACUUCAUCCACAGAGAUCUCGCAGCUCGCAACUGCCUAGUGGGAGAAAACCACGUGGUGAAAGUGGCUGACUUUGGCCUAAGUAGGCUGAUGACGGGGGACACCUAUACUGCUCAUGCAGGGGCCAAAUUCCCUAUUAAGUGGACGGCGCCGGAGAGUCUUGCCUACAACACCUUCUCAAUCAAGUCUGACGUGUGGGCUUUUGGAGUACUGCUAUGGGAAAUUGCCACCUAUGGCAUGUCACCCUAUCCGGGUAUUGACCUGUCGCAAGUCUACGACCUGCUGGAGAAAGGGUACCGGAUGGAACAGCCAGAGGGAUGCCCCCCCAAGGUGUACGAACUAAUGAGAGCGUGCUGGAAGUGGAGCCCUGCUGACAGGCCUUCUUUUGCCGAAACACAUCAAGCUUUUGAAACCAUGUUCCAUGACUCGAGCAUUUCCGAAGAGGUAGCUGAGGAGCUUGGGAGAGCUGCCUCCUCGUCAUCUGUUGUUCCUUACCUACCCCGAUUGCCCAUCCUUCCUUCCAAGACGCGGACGCUGAAGAAACAGUUGGAGAACAAGGAGAAUAUCGAAGGGCCACCAGAUGCCACCGAGAAUCCUGCUUGCAGCUCGGCGCCAGGGUUCAUUCGAAGUGCACAGGCAUCCAGUGGGUCCCCAGCACUGCCUCGAAAGCACAGAGACAAAUCACCCAGCAGCCUCUUGGAAGAUGCCAAAGAGACAUGUUUCACCCGGGACAGGAAAGGGGGUUUCUUCAGCUCCUUCAUGAGGAAGAGAAGUGCCCCGACACCCCCAAAACGCAGCAGCUCCUUCCGAGAAAUGGAGAAUCAGCCCCAAAAGAAAUAUGAACUCGCGGGUAACUUCUCAUCUGUUGCUUCCCUACAGCAUGCUGAUGGGUUGUCUUUCACUCCUGCCCAGCAAGAGGCAAGCCUGGUGCCACCCAAGUGCUACGGGGGGAGCUUUGCACAGAGGAACCUCUGUAAUGAUGACAGUGGGGGCAGUGGCACUGCUGGGGGCGGGUGGUCUGGCAUCACGGGCUUCUUUACACCACGCUUAAUCAAAAAGACACUGGGCUUACGAGCAGGUAAGCCCACAGCCAGUGAUGACGCUUCCAAGCCUUUUCCAAGGUCAAACUCUACAUCUUCCAUGUCUUCAGGGCUACCAGAGCAGGAUAGGAUGGCAACGACCCUUCCCAGGAACUGCCAGAGGACCAGACUCCAGCUGGAAAGGACAGUGUCUACCUCUUCCCAGCCAGAACAGAAUGUGGACAGGGCCAGUGACAUGCUUCCCAAAAAGUCAGAGGAAGGGGCUGCGCCGCCCAGGGAGAGACCAAAAGCCAAGCUCCUGCCCAGAGGAGUGACAGCGCUUCCUCUCCGAGCCCCCUCUGGCGAUCCAGCCAUUACUGAGAAGGACUCUGCGGGGCUGGGGGCAGCUGGAGUGGCAGCUACUCCCAAGGGCAAGGAGAGGAAUGGUGGGGCCCGCCUUGGGAUGACUGGAGUCCCAGAUGACGGAGAGCAGCCAGGCUGGUCUUCCCCAGCCAAGGUGGCAUCAGUCUUCCCAACCACUCACAACCACAAAGUGCCAGUCCUUAUCUCGCCCACUCUGAAACACACUCCUGCUGACGUGCAGCUCAUCGGCACGGACUCUCAGGGGAACAAGUUCAAGCUCUUAUCUGAGCAUCAGGUCACGUCCUCUGGGGACAAGGACCGGCCCCGACGGGUAAAACCAAAGUGUGCCCCGCCCCCUCCACCGGUGAUGAGACUGCUGCAGCAUCCGUCCCCAGGCUCAGAUCCUGCGGAAGAGCCGUCCACCCCGAGCGCAGGUCAGCCCACACCAGAAACCCAGGAAGGAGGAAAAAAGGCAGCUCCAGGGCCGGUGCCCGUCAGUGGGAAAGCUGGGAGGCCUGCUGUGCCUCCACCUCAAGUGCCUCCACCCACAUCUUUCGUCUCACCAGCCUCAUUGGCUAAUGGCACAGCAGGUACGAAAGUGGCUCUGAGGAAAACCAAGCAGGCGGCUGAGAAGAUCUCAGCAGACAAGAUCAGCAAAGAGGCCCUGCUGGAGUGUGCUGACCUGCUGGCCAGUGCGAUCACAGAGCCUGUGCCCAACAGCCAGCUGGUGGACACUGGGCACCAGCUGCUCGACUACUGCUCAGGCUACGUGGACUGCAUCCCUCAAACCCGCAACAAGUUUGCCUUCCGAGAGGCCGUGAGCAAACUGGAACUGAGCCUGCAGGAGCUGCAGGUGUCUUCAGCAGCUGCUGGCGUGGCUGGGGCAAACCCCGUCCUUACUAACUUAUUGUCAUGUGUACAGGAGAUCAGUGAUGUGGUGCAGAGGUAGCCACUGUCAGCCUGCUGGGAGAGUGCACACAUUUCUGCGGGGAGAGGGAAAGGGACUUGUUUUCAAGAUACGAAAGACUGAUGCUUGAGUGUGCUCAUGUGAA